GUAGUGUCCUCAGUCAGAAUGUGUCUUCCUGGAUGGUACAUUUGGUGCAUUUUACUGACUCUACGCAUGCCAGCCUUUGGUUUGGAGAUUUCUGGAUAUGACCGCGAUGAAGUUAUUUGCUCACAGGGUCUCUCUGAUUGCACCAUGGAGGAUGAGAUGCCUCUUAUUGUAGCAGAAAAUGAUGCUGUGGAUGUCAAAAACCUGACUCCAUAUUUCAAGCUCUGCUGCAGGGACAGGGCGCCGUGCACAUUAUGUCUGGUGAUAGACACAGAGAUCAACAUUCAUCCAGAUAAAGACAUGGAGGAUGAAGGCCACUCUGGGCAUGAUGAAGAAGAUUAUAGCGAGGAGACAGAGAGGAGUCCCAAAGCGUCUGUGACACUGUGUUACUGUGCAGCACCUACCAUGUCAGUGUGCAAGAAGGUGGAGUUUACGGUUAAUCAUGCUGCCCUUACUCAGGAAAACCAGGCAAAGUUUUCUGUAGUGAUUACUGAGCCAGCUGGGGUUUCCUUCAGCAGUCACGUGAUUGUUUAUCCUAAACUAUCACAUCUAAGUCAAGAAGUUGUUGUUCCUUCUCUAGAUAAAGUAUGCUCCGAGAAGCUGAAGGAACGUGUGGAAGAGUGUUAUGUGCCCAGGCUCAGCAGUGUAAUCAACAAAGAGAUGAAUCGGGUAGAGCUGCAGUUUAUUGACAGGAUUAAGAGCGUCCCCUCUGUGUGCUUCCAGUAUGAGCAGAAUGGAAGAUGUCAGAUAUGGAACAGGAUGACCAUCCCACUGUAUGCUGUGACCCCCUGCAUGUGUCUCCAGGCAUGGGAGGUGAGUUCCGUGCGCUCUCUAAGCUGCCCUUUCUCUAAAACAGAUUUCCUCCAAAGGAACAUAUGGCAGAAUGUGUCAGUGUCUGUAGGCCAGGGUCAGGUGAACAACCACUGCACAAUGCUGUCGUGGAACCUGUCUGCCCCCUGCAGGCUGGAGGGUGAAGUGUGGCCCUGCCACAAAGAGAACAGCUGCAGGGAGAUGAAGGGCUUCAGACAACAGCUGGCAAAUGGCACAUGGAGACAAAACAGCAAGGAUCAGUGGGAGAAAAUAGGGGUGUUUGAAGAAAUCAACCUUAAGCUUGCAUCAUGUGUGAUGGUAAAAAUAAAAGGAAUGGGACAUGAGCUGGGUCCAUUCUGUUUUAAAAACACUGACAGGACGCACUGGACCCUCCUGGUUGUUGGUAUCAUGCUGCUGGUUUUCUUGACUGUGCUCGUAUCUUAUCUCCGUCAUGACUUCGUCAAGAAAUGGGUGUGGAGCUGGCAUCAUGGUGGAUUUGUAAAGAUUGGCAGAAAGUGUCAUGUGGUGUUGCUGAGCCCCCCAGAUGUGGAUAAUGGUGUUUCGGAGUCGGUAUGUCAGCUCGGCUCGCAGCUCUUUAACCAGGGCUUCAGUGUGUCUGUGGACCAGUGGAUCAGGAAGGAGCAGUGCAAUCUGGGGCCUCUGCCAUGGCUGCACUCCCAGCUGCUGGAGCUGAAAAGCCUGGGCGGCCGAGUUCUGCUCGUCUUGACCCGAAAAGCCUUGGAGAGGAUAGAGGAAUGGACCCAUCGAAACAAAGAGGUUAUCAAGAUGAAGGGGGAAGACAAGGGUCUCCCUCAGAUGUGUUCCCCUUACUCUGAUGUGUUCACAGCCUCCCUGUGCCUCAUCCAUGCGGACAAGCAGCUGGGAAGAGCUGGAGAACGUUUUAUUUUGGUGAAAUUUGACUCACAUCCAAGCAGUGACAGGAGUCUACCAGAGCUUCUUCGGGGGUUGCCCCUGUUCCAGCUUCCCUCUCAGACCCAGGCCCUCUUGAAAGAGCUCGCUGUGGGAGGGACACGGGAGGGUAUCAGGGUGACAUGGACAGGGUGGAAAUGGAGUGCCUCAGGUGGAUUGAGAGCAAAGACCAAAGAAGGACCAGACCAGCAGAAGGCAUCACACAGUAAAUAUGUUGGAGUUGAGAAAAACUUGGAGACAAAGCCUUUGAAGCACCCAUACAUUAUUGUUGCACAUUAUUGCAUUAUGCAUUAUAUGUUCAUAUAAAUUGUGGAUGAGAUAAACAUAGGACAUUAUUAAAGGCUGGCUGGUAAUAAUCUAUAUUGUUGUUAUUUUCAAGAAAUGCCAUGAAAUGACCAACAAUAAUAGGUUAGUGCAUCUCCCAAUACUUACCGACUUCACCUCCCCAUACGUGUUAGCAUCUUAGGCAGCAGGAAGGAGUUUGGACUGACUCAAAUGUUCAUUGUUAUGAAGGCAAAUACCACAAAGUGAGAGACUGUCAAAGUGUUUUAUUAGUUUUGGACAAUAAG